UCCGGACUGUGCCGCCGGUGGGGCGCGGGAGGCGGAAGUGCAGUGGGCCACCGCCUCCGUCCCGGCUGCGGCCCCGGCCUGUUACAUAAGGCGUUUGGGACUGCGAGUAGUCUCGCGUCUCAGCUCCUUGCUCCCCCAGGAUGCACUGAGCCCCACGACGCCGCCCGUAGCCGCGGCCGGCUCCCGCCAGAGGUGUGAAUGACAGAGGUGGUGCCGUCCAGCGCCCUCAGCGAGGUCAGCCUGCGCCUCCUCUGCCACGAUGACAUAGACACCGUGAAGCACCUGUGCAGCGACUGGUUCCCCAUCGAGUACCCAGACUCAUGGUAUCGUGAUAUCACAUCCAACAAGAAGUUCUUCUCCCUUGCUGCCACCUAUAGAGGCGCCAUCGUGGGAAUGAUAGUAGCUGAAAUUAAGAGCAGGACCAAAAUACACAAAGAGGAUGGAGAUAUUCUAGCCUCCAACUUCUCUGUGGACACGCAGGUUGCGUACAUUCUCAGUCUGGGAGUAGUGAAGGAAUUCAGGAAGCACGGCAUAGGUUCCCUUUUACUUGAAAGUUUAAAGGAUCACAUAUCAACCACUGCCCAGGACCACUGCAAAGCCAUCUACCUGCAUGUCCUCACCACCAACAACACAGCGAUAAACUUCUAUGAAAACAGAGACUUUAGGCAGCAUCACUAUCUGCCUUAUUACUACUCCAUCCGAGGGGUCCUCAAAGAUGGCUUCACGUAUGUCCUCUACAUCAAUGGUGGCCACCCUCCCUGGACUAUCUUAGACUACAUCCAGCACCUGGGCUCAGCACUCGCCAGCCUGAGCCCCUGCUCCAUCCCGCACAGGAUCUACCGCCAGGCCCACAGCCUGCUCUGCAGCUUCUUGCCAUGGUCGGGGAUCUCCACCAAGGGUGGCAUCGAGUAUAGCCGCACCAUGUGAUGCCAGCGGGGCAGCCUCUACCAGGCCUCACACCUUACCACCUGCAGAGCCCACCUUCUUGUCCAUCUAACGUCUGCUGCUCUCCGAGAGGAGGUGGUAGCCACUUGCCAGCCUGUUGGCCUGCCUGCCCCAGCUGCAGGCCUGGUGCUACGUGGGCUCGGGAGCAGAGCAUGCAUCCAGUCUCCAACAGGCUCCUUGGCUCUACUCCUUGCUUCUGGAAACUUUGACCUCCACCUAGUGCCCAGGUCCUGCCUCCAGGCACUUGCGCUGGGCCUCUCCCAUUGCACUGGCCCCCUGUCAACUCCUUCCUGCAAAGCCAGACUGGAUUUUCUGCUCCAAAGAAGAAACUGUGGACACCGCUGAGCCUGAAGACAUAGGAACCUCAGAACAAUAGAAAGGAAUGCCAGGCCUUUUGUUGAGGACCAGCCUGAAGAAGCCUCCAUGAGAGGCUGGCAAGGGGUGCGCAGAGGAGGCAUAGCUCUACAUGAGAGCAUGGAGCUCCAGGGCUUAGCCUUUGGCACAGACCGACCAUGGGACAUUUUCCUGCUACUCAGUGGCCUGCCUCCUGCUACACAUUUCCCAUUCUGGGGGGAUCAUCUUGCCUCUUGGCUCAUGGCAUGCUCCAUGCAGCUGACCUGUGCUGGGAGCUGACCUGUAGAUGGGGCCCCUGGGGCCCUGCGGUGCCUGUCCCCUGUGAGCUGAAACUCCAGGCCUGGCCAGGUACAAGAGGAGGUCAAGUCCCACAUUGGGCAACUCUGCUGCCGUGCGCUAGUACGGCCUGGCUGUAGGGGCAGGAGACAGUCCAUGCUUGUGGCCCUUCAGCCUCCAAGAGCAAAGGCUAUGUUAACCUCAUAAAUCAUGCUUGCAGUGUGCAUUCAUCACACACUUCUAGUGUCCCUCAUCCUGGACCGCAGGCCACUUGCUGCUGUGUCCUGCCUAGCACUGCUGCACUGUCACAGGAAGCAGGGCAGAAUGUCCUUGCAGGCCCUUGCCAAGCAGCCUGAAGAAGAGGAGAGAGGAACAGCCCUGCAGAUGGGGCCUUGGUGACUGAGUGCUUUCUUCCAGGACCGGGCCUCCCUGUAGCCUCAAAGGGUCCUCAUGAUGCAGGCAGGCCCCAGCAGGAAGAAGGUCCCACUUCCGCAACGGUGUUGGCCAGCCGGUGGCCCGGAUUGUGCUGACUAGCAUCGGCUGUAUGCCAAGGCCCCAGAUCUGAGUCCUCUCUCCUCUCAAUCAACAGUGAUCAUCUGAUUCUAAUUUCUGUCCCAUGUGGUCAGGGAAGAGUCUUCCAGAAGGCUCCCCCUUGGACAUUUGUAAUCCAGCUCAGAGGCCUUGCCCCGCCUUACCCUCCCUCCUGCCCUCUAAUCAUGGCAGUGUCCAGCCCAUGUUGAAUAGAUGGUAGUGUUUUGUCUCAUUAUAAAUAAAUAGACUGUAACUGGUCUCA